AUGAAGACUAAAGUCAUCGCUGGCUUUCCAAACGACGCGGUUGACAAAAUUGAAAUCCACAAGGGUGUCAGAAAGAUUUUCGAUCCGGAGUAUGAAGAUUCCGCGGAAGAAGAUGCUUCCAUCGGUGACAAAGAUAAUGGCUUGGAUUCAGAUGAGACCGAUGACGACAGCGAAAUUAACAAUAAGACAGACGACGAUGCUGAUGAUGAUGAUGAGGAUGAGGCAUCCGAGGAAUCCGUCAUUAUAGUUGAAAGCACUCGGCCGACAGACAAUGAAUCUGGUGGUAGUCGAUCCGGCAGAGGUCACCUCGCUGAGACUCGCACCAUCACUGAUGAAACAGUCUCCGAAUUGACAGGAAACACAGGUGAUGAAUCUGACCCGGAAUUAGCGUCUCCGCCAAGAAAGAAAAGACGCUCUCAACGGGUAUCAAUUGAUGAACAAGCUACCAAAAUGGACAUGGAUGGAACGGACCCAAGCAUAUGUUCCCGACCCAGUGGAAAGCGGCUGCAUCCGGCGACAAGGUCUACUAAACCUGCUAUCGAGGCCUACAAGGAACGCUCCCGGAGCUAA